UGUGUAGUGUCAUACAAUCAAGAUUUAAGUAAUAUUCACUGAGCUUUUGAUUAUUUGCUUUUUAACUCUACUUUUCAGAAUGUAAAUACAUAACUGGAUGCAAUGUCUAAACGGAAGAGAAUUAGUCCUGUGGAGGAUGCCACUACACACAUUCUGUCUGGCAAAGACAAGCCAUGCUUUGAGGAGAGAUUCAUUAACUCUCAUAAAGGUAGAGGUGUGUUUGCUAGCAUGUCCAUUGACAAAGGAUGCUUCAUUCUUGAAUACCGUGGAAAGUUAAUUUCCCAAGAGGAGAGCCAAAUAAGACAGAAUAAAUACAGUGAAACAGAAAAUACCUUCUUAUUUGACUUUGAUUGGGACGGAAAACAAUGGUGCAUUGAUGCCUCAAAAGAAGAUGGUUCACUUGGGAGAUUAGUGAAUGACGAUUACAAGUCUCCUAACUGUAAAAUUAAAAAAAUAGGUGUUGGAGGCAAACCACAUCUGUGUUUGUUUUCAAUUAAGGACAUAGCUUCUGGUGAAGAAAUAACAUACAACUAUGGAGAUUCAAAAUGGCCAUGGCGUACUCUGAUCAACCGAGCAGACUCUUGCAGUGAUGAGAACACGCCAUCAGAAGAGGCCGCAUGCUUUCCUACCAAAAUCAACAAGAAGUCACUGAACAGACUGUCACGCAUUCCCAUGCAUAUUCCCACCAGACAGACCGAGGAAUAG